CUUUAAGUUUGUUCAUGGGUCACCUAUAAUUGUGGUAGGCUUGUCUUUUCGCUGCUGCAGACUGCUAGUUAGGUUUCAGUUACGCAUGCUUCUGUAACGAUCAUUCCCCUCCCUCAUCCAUUCUUCUCUAUCUGAUUUCUCUGCCGUACAUACCCCUAACCCUCACUGGCCCACGCCCUUUUCUACCUUCUCUCCCUCUGCCACCACCACCGCCCGCCGGCACCUGGAACUAUUCACAGGCUAAGUCUGUCAAUCGUAUGAAACAUGGUUGGUGUAUUCCAAUUCCAGGCUACGUCGGAGGAUCUUUGGCGAGGGAGUAUCUAUGGUAGUUGGGGCACUGUUUUGGUUCUCGUUUUCAUUGCAAUUUGUCAUUUAGUUUAUUCCAAGAAAAAUGUCUGUUCCCUUCUCUCCCGCUUAAAAACCUCGUCUAUUGUCGCUGAUCGCCACAUCUCCGACGUAUCUCCUUCAUCUGAAUGUCCUCCUCCACAAUUGAGAGUAAUGGAGGCUAUUUCAGAUACAGAUUUGAAGUCUUUGUUGGACAAUUUGGAUGGAAGGAUAAUAAAUGAAAAUGAGAAAUGGGAACGUGUUGUAGAAAAAAGUAAUGAUCAUCUUUCAUAUAGUGCUAAAUGCUGCAAGCCUAAGGAUGGUCCCUUGAAAUAUUCAAGUGUGACAAUAUUUGAAAAUUGCUGUCCAAUAUUGUUGAGAGAUUUCUACAUGGACAACGACUAUAGAAAACAGUGGGACAGUACCAUGCUUAUGCAUGAGCAGCUACAAAUGGAUGGAACUAGCGGAAUCGAAGUCGGUCGCACCUUGAAAAAAUUUCCAUUAUUAACGCCUAGGGAGUAUAUACUAUCAUGGAGAUUAUGGGAAGGGAAAGAUGAAACUUUUUACUGUUUUACCAAGGAGUGUGAUCAUCCUUUGGCACCACAACAGAAGAAGUAUGUGCGAGUGACAUUUUUCAGAUCUGGUUGGCGAAUCAGGAGAGUAUCCGGCAGAAAUGCAUGUGAGAUCAGUAUGUUGCACCAAGAAGAUGCCGGUUUGAAUGUGGAGAUGGCAAAACUUGCAUUUGCGAAGGGCAUAUGGAGCUUUGUCUGUAAAAUGGAUAAAGCAUUACGCAAAUACGCUCUAAUCAACAACCCUCCCUCAAGUUCACUUGUCACUGCAGUUACUCUGAUUAAGAAGGUUCCAGAUGGAUUUGAGGACAUGGAUGGCAUUAUCUCUAAAGCAAACGUUGUAGAAACCGAGUCGUCUUGUGGACAAGUUUCUUCAGAAGAGAGAAAGCUCUCGAGGGCAUCGAAAAAACUUGUGGCCAAUGGUUUGCUUCUAAUUGGUGGUGUGAUCUGCCUGUCAAGAGGUCACUCUAGUCUUGGUGCCAAAGUUGUUAUGGCAUAUAUUCUCACAAAGCUAAGCAAGCGAGCUGAUGCCCCAGGACCAGGAGGCCAAAUGGCAAAGUAAAGAGAAUUAUAUAACGUAGUCAAGGAAGGGAGGAGAUAUAACCAUGUUUUCUUUUUAUAUUAAAAGUUUCGUUUUCUUUUUCUUUUAAAUAAAAAAUCUUGUUCAAGUUUCUGUAUCAUACAGUAUAGUUAAUUGCAAAGUGUUUUAUUUUUGUCAUUAAUAUUAUUGUA